AUGACCGCUCCAGCGAAACCUCCCAUCAAUCUCUUCCGCGGUUGGCCCAAUCCCUCCCUCCACCCCACCAGUGCCCUCCAGUCAGCCGCCACGGCCAUCCUAUGCAACCAGGCCCUCUCCACGCCCGCACUUGGUUACGGGCCCGAUGAAGGGGACCCAGGGCUGCGGAAUGAAAUCGCAAAGUGGCUCACCAGCUUUUACACGCCCACGCAGCCAGUCACCGCGGACCGGAUCUGCAUCACUGGCGGUGCGAGUCAGAAUCUCGCGUGCGUGUUGCAGGUCUUUAGCGAUGCGGGAUACACAAAGCGCGUGUGGAUGGUGGAGCCAACAUAUUACCUUGCCUGCAGGAUUUUUGAUGAUGCGGGCUUUUCUAAGAGAAUGAAGGCUGUGCCAGAAGAUCUAGAGGGAAUUGAUGUGGAUUUCUUGGAGAGGGAGCUGGAGAAGUGCGAGUCCGGGGAGCCUGACAUGCAUCACUUACAACCGGGUACAAAGACGCCGCGACCGUGGCGGAAGGCUUACAAGCAUCUGAUCUAUGCGGUGCCAACGUUUUCUAAUCCAUCCGGCCGAAUUAUGUCCCAGCGCCGUCGGGAGCAAUUGGUACGCCUAGCUCGCAAGUUCGACGCUUUGAUUAUCACCGACGAUGUGUACGACUUCCUUCAAUGGAGGUCUCAGCCAGGGAAAGCAGAUCAUCCAACCAGGGCCAUCGCGCCUCGCUUGGUCGACAUCGACCGUUUCCUUGACGGGGGACCCGAGGAUGAAUUUGGUAACGUAGUCAGUAACGGGAGUUUCAGCAAACUGAUUGGCGCGGGCUGUCGAGUAGGCUGGGCUGAAGGAACUGCAAAAUUUGCGUAUGGUGUAUCCCAAACCGGAUCCUCUCGAUCAGGCGGGGCCCCGUCCCAGCUCACAUCGACAUUCGUUCGAGAAUUACUGUCCUCAGGCUUCUUGCAAGAGUACAUUGACAACACCUUGCGUCCCAUCUAUGCCAGAAGGCACCAUACUUUGCUUGCCGCGAUAUCAGAUAACCUCUCAAAGGUAGGGGUACAGGUGGUGAAGGACGACCGUGAAUUUUCCGGUGGAUAUUUCGUGUGGCUAGCUCUUCCUCCACGCGAAAAAGCAAGCCGCUUGGCUGCGAGGGCAAAAGCAGAGGAGAAUCUAUUGAUCGGCGAAGGAACCAUGUUCCAGGUGGAAGGGGAUGUGAGCAAUCAUGGGGCCCGUCAUGACUUGGAGCAAUACAUCCGCCUUUGCUUCGCAUAUGAAGAGGAGGGCAAUUUGGCGGAGGGAGUGCAAAGAUUGGCCAACCUUAUCAGGUGA